CCGGGCCGCGAGACAGCGGCCCACGCAAACAUGGCUGCGUCCAGUUGGGGCGCGUACGUUUGUUUCGACCGUGGGUCUGGGCCGGCUCGUGGGGCUGGGCUUUAGGCAGAACGGGUUGAAAAGGAAUAUAUUGCAUUUCAGCGCUUCCUGUCCCUUAGCAACUGUGUUAGGCGCUUUGUAUUUCUCAUCUCCAAGUGACCCUCCUCCACUCUCGAGGGUAGUAUUUAGUGUCACGAUGUUUGGGGAUCUGUUUGAAGAAGAUUAUUCCAGUGUGUCAAAUUAUCAGUAUGGAAACGAGAAGAAAUUAAAGACCAAGGUUUUGGAGCCACCGGCUCCUAGAGAAUUCACCAAUUUAAGCGGAAUUAGAAAUCAGGGUGGAACCUGUUACCUCAAUUCCCUUCUUCAGACUCUUCAUUUCACACCCGAAUUCAGAGAAGCCUUAUUUUCCCUUGGCCCAGAAGAGCUUGGUUCAUUCGAGGAUAAGGAUAAACCUGACGCAAAGGUUCGAAUCAUCCCUUUACAGUUACAGCGGAUGUUUGCUCAGCUUCUGCUCUUAGACCAGGAUGCAGCGUCCACCACGGACCUCACUGACAGCUUCGGGUGGACCAGCGAUGAGGAAAUGAGGCAGCAUGAUGUGCAAGAACUGAAUCGAAUUCUCUUUAGUGCUUUGGAAACUUCUUUAGUCGGGACCUCCGGCCAUGACCUCAUCAAUCGUCUGUAUCACGGGACCAUUGUUAACCAGGUUGUUUGUAAAGAAUGUAAGAAUGUCAGUGAAAAGCAGGAAGACUUCUUAGAUCUCACAGUAGCAGUCAAAAACGUAUCAGGUUUGGAAGAUGCACUCUGGAACAUGUAUGUAGAAGAGGAAGUUUUUGACUGUGACAACCUGUACCACUGUGGGACUUGUGACAGGCUGGUUAAAGCAGCCAAGUCGGCCAAAUUACGUAAGCUGCCUCCCUUUCUUACUGUUUCAUUGUUAAGAUUUAAUUUUGAUUUUGUGAAGCACGAACGAUACAAGGAAACUAGCUGUUACACGUUCCCUCUCCGGAUCAAUCUCAAGCCUUUUUGUGAACAGAGUGAAUUGGAUGACUUGGAGUAUGUUUAUGACCUCUUUUCGGUUAUUAUCCACCAAGGUGGUUGCUAUGGAGGACAUUAUCACGUGUAUAUUAAAGAUGUCGAUCAUUUGGGAAACUGGCAAUUUCAAGAGGAAAAAAGUAAACCAGAUCUCCAGAAUAAAGAGGAGAUUGACGAUGAUCCAUUGAUAAUUCUAAAAGCAAUCUUACUACAGGAGGAGAGUAAUCUGAUUCCUGUUGAUCAGCUGGGCCAGAAACUCUUGAAAAAGAUAGGAAUAUCUUGGAACAAGAAGUACAGAAAACAGUAUGGACCACUGCGAAAGUUCUUACAGCUUCAUUCUCAGAUAUUUCUGCUCAGUUCAGAUGAAAAUACAGUUAGUCUCUUGAAGAAUGGUUCUCUCCAGGCUGAGUCCGAUUUUCAAAAGAAGGAUCAACACCUUCUCCAGAUGCAUACUUCAGAAUCCCCAGGAUUAAAUGACAGAAACUCCUGUCCCCACUGGUUUGAUAUAAAUGAUUCCAAAGUCCAACCAAUCAAGGAAAAAGAUAUUGAACAGCAGUUUCAGGGUAAAGAAAGUGCCUACAUGUUGUUUUAUCGGAAAUCCCAGUUGCAGAGACCCCCUGAAGCUCGAGCCAAUCCAAGGUACAUGGUUCCAGGUCAUUUGCUGAAUGAAAUGGAUGCGGCCAACAUUGAACUGCAAAGAAAAAGGGCAGAAUGUGAUUCUGCAAACAAUAGUUUUGAAUUGCAUCUGCACCUGGGCCCUCAUUAUCAUUUCUUCAAUGGGGCUCUGCACCCAACAGUCUCUCAAGCAGAAAGCAUGUGGGAUUUCACCUUUGAUAAAAGAAAAACUUUAGGAGAUCUUCGACAGUCAAUACUGCAGCUGUUAGAAUUUUGGGAAGGAGAUCUGGUGCUUAGUGUGGCAAAGCUUGUUCCUGCAGGACUUCACGUUUAUCAGAUGCUGGAUGGAGAUAACCUGACACUGUGUGAAAUGGAAAUUGAGGAUGGGGAAGACAUCUUUGUAUGGAAUGGGGUGGAGGUUGGUGGCAUCCACAUUCCAACCGGUAGCGACUGUGAGCCUGUGCUCAUAAAUGUUCUUCAUCUCGCAGCAAGCAGCCAGGGGGAAAAGUGUCAGCAGUUGGUAGAGGCCCCACAUGUGUUCCCAUCCAAUGCAGAAGUGCGGGCUGUGCUCACAGCCUUGGCAAUGCCCGUAGCCGUCCUCUUCGUCAGCACCACCGACUCUGUCGGGGAAGAGAACUGGGUCGCUAUUCCCGAGGAAGAUCUGAAGAAGACGUUCAGAGAACAGGGCCUCGGGAACGGGAGCUCAGUUCUCGUUCAGGAGUCUAAAGAUGAUAAGAGUUUGCUGCUCAGACAAGGGAAAUGGUUCACUGGUGUGAGUGAGACCAGCUGGCUCCAAGUUCAAAAUUUAUGCGAGGUGGAGUCUGAGGAGAAGCAAGUUAAAAUAUCAGCAACUGUGAACACAGUGGUGUAUGAGAUUCGAAUUAAAGCCAUAAAGGAAUUAAAAUUAAUGAAGGAACUAGCUGAGAACAGCUGUUUGAGACCUAUUGGUAGAAACGGGAAGCUUCUCUGUCCAGUGCCAGACAGCUACACCGUGAAGGAAGCGGAACUGAAGAUGGGCAGUUCAUUGGGACUAUGUCCUGGGAAAGCACCAACUCCCUCCCAGCUGUUCCUGUUUUUCACUGUGGGGAGUGAUGUUCAGCCUGGUACAGAGAUGGAGAUCAUCGUAGAAGAAACAGUGUCUGCGAGAGACUGUUUAAAGCUCAUGCUGGAGAAGUCUGGCCUACCAGGAGACACAUGGCACUUACGGAAAAUGGAUUGGUGCUAUGAAGCGGGAGAGCCUUUAUGUGAAGAAGACGCAUCCCUGAAAGAACUUACGAUACGUUCUGGAGAUACCUUGCUUGUAAUUGAAGGAAAACUUCCUCUUCCGGGUUUCCUGAAGGUGCCCAUCUGGUGGUACCAGCCUGAGGGUCCCUCCGGUCAUUGGAAGAGUCAUCAGGACCAGGUGGACGGUACCCCUUCUCCAAGUGGGGUCUGGACAGCUACUUCCACCCAAGGCGCUCCAGGUGACCUGUAUGCAGAGGUUUCCCUCCGCCACGUGGGGGACCUCGAGAUCUCAGAAGAGGCCACCUUGCUGGAGCUGAAGUCCCAGGCCAUGACCUUGUCCUCCUCUGAUUUCGUCAUCCCGUCCCCAGCCUUCCUUAGAGCCUGGACCUUGGAAAGUAAGCGCCCCAGCAGGCUUUUACGGACCAACCUGCAGCAACUCAAGGAGUAUAAACUGGGAAGGAAAACGGAGAUCUGUCUAGAGCCCCUUCAGAAGGAAGAAAACUUGGGGCCUCACGACGUGGUGCUGAGAACACAGAUGCGCAUCCCCGGCAAGAGGGCAUACGCCCCGCACGUGGACUUGGUGUGGGACACCGCCUGCGGCUGGACCGCCGGCUCCUUGAGGCAGCGCAUCGCCCACUUGUGCUCUCUUCCCGUGGAGAAAAUUGAAAUCGCCAAGUACUUCCCCGAAAAGUUCGAGUGGCUUCCAGUCUCCAGCUGGAACCAGCAAAUUACCAAGAGGAAGAAGAAGAAAAAGCAAGAUAAUUUGCAGGGAGCACCUUAUUACUUGAAAGAUGGAGACACUGUUGGUAUCAAGAAUCUCCUGGUUGAGGAUGAUGAAGAUUUCAGUACCGUCAGAGAUGACCUGGGAAAAGAGACACAGAAGCAGCUCGCUCUGGGAAAACAGAAAAGCUAGAAUGAAUUUCAGAGUCAUUCCAAAUCCCCCAACCCGGUGAGGCCUGUGGUGUCCACGACCAUGAGUCUAUGACAGCCUCUCCUGUCUCCCGCAGCCAAGAAACCCUCCGUGUGCAGAGCAGUGACGUCUUCUCUGGUGUCAAGACGCCUGCCCGGCCCCGUGCACCAGAAGCGUCUCUUUCCAUCCACGUCGGGAGUUUCAGAUAGUGCGGGCAGCCAGCGACGUCCCCGUGGCCUCCGCACCCCAGCAGUGCCGGUACCGGCGGGUGGUGGGCAUGGGCGCGCUGCUCCCCCCACAGCUCACCGGGUGCUGCUGUGCGCACACGCGUGUGGUUUUCCGCCUCCUGCGGAUGGGAUUCCAGACCCUCCGUUUAUUACGGGCAGAGGGACGUUCCAUCUCCGGCCAGAGAAGCGCGCUUUAUCACGUGGCCGAGCUGCACCCCCACCUGGGGGGCUUGCACAGACCUGGCGGUGUCCCACAGCGGCUGGUCACAUGCUGCCCUUGCACCACACCUGACCCUGGCUGCCAUCUGUAUGAGAAAGUUCACCCGUUCCCCGUUAACUGCAGGCACGGAUAAAGCGGCACGUCGCUACCCUCCGACGGGUCCGCCGUCUGAAGCACUCACGUUCUUCUGUCUUCACGGUUCAGACGAGGUUGCCCCCGCGUCCACAAGGAUUCUGACAGCUCAGCUCACGCCGACGGGCCGGCCAGGCUCACUCUGGGACACAAAGGGUGUUUCUGGCCCCCAUGCGGCACAUGAUCCCCCCCCUUUGACCAGAGUUAAAACCGAUUCUAAAGCGUUAGCUCUCUUUCCAGGAUGAGACAGGGUGGCCUCUCGGGCUCGGUGGACGCUGCUGAAGAGAAGGAAGCCUCGGGUGUGGCCACACCGGUGGCAGCUCGGCAGCCCUGAGGUGCCUGCCCUCCGCCCCAUGUUGUCCGUGAUCAGAGCCUUCUCGCUGCUGCUGCGAACGCCGGAGCCUCUGUGUGUCCGGAAGCCCGGCCGCGGCAGACGGGCCUGGCGUGGGCUGAUGGUCCCGAGUUUCCUCAAAAGAGAAAACCUAAACCAGGAUUCUGUUCCUCCUAAUUAAGCUUGGCUAAUAAAGACCUCAGCGGUAUUUGUGACAGACCUACAUCUGUCCCCGAGCCCGUUGACCAGGACACUGGGAUGGUGCACGCAGAUUCCAGCUGGGCCGGAGCAGGAUUCCCGAAAAGGUAACGUGCUCUUACCUCAGAUGAGGCUUUGCGGCAGCUCUCGUCGUGAGGCCAUCGCCUCCCCUCCCCACCGCUGCCGACACCGCACUCGGUGGCGGGAGGUGGCAGGAGGACAGGUGCGGGCCAGCGUCCCAGCCGCAUGAGCCGUGUGUCCACAGAGCUGGCUGCUUCCGAGCGGCCUGGCCCCGCCCCGCUCCUAGCACAGUCCCAGCCGCCGUGGAAGACCUGGGCCUCCGUGCACGUGUCUGGCGUCAGGCCCCGGGUCGCAUCCCCGUUUGGACUAAAGCGGUGGCGCCGUGAGAAGCCAGACCUGGACCCCAGGCUGCUCUCGGGCCCCAGGGGCUGGAUCUGCCCGAGGGUGUAGACGGGCUCCACGGAUGCACCUUGCGCAGCCACCAACGCUAGACGCGAGGGGGGCCGUGGCUGGAAGCCCACCCCUCGGCGUAGAAGCUGUUCCGUUCACACGAGCUCCGUGGUCGGUCCCUUCGUGGUAAGGUCAUAAAAUGGUGACGUAAUAACUAAAGAGCUUGGCUGUGGAGAAGCCCGAGCCCUUGCCAGACGGUGCCUUCUUGGGCCCGCGGUGAGCCUGCCUGCCUUCUGUCCAUCCUUCUGUCCGUCCUUCCACAUGGGGGUGGAGUGGGGGCCCGGGGGGGCUGUGAGACCUUGUUCAAUAAACCAUUCUUCACUGUCAUCUCCACAUCUGAUGUGCACCUGUUGUUUCCUGCUCCAGCCGCUUUUGUUCCCAAACGCACUUCAGAGGCUAAAUAAACGUUUAUAUUUAGAAA